AUGCAUCUGGCUAUGGUUAUCGGGGGAUCCCGUCAGCUUUGGUGAGGAGCUGGCGGGAUUAGCAUUCGACUUGUUGCGAAAAAAAUUUGGAAAAUGUGAAAAAAAGCCGAAAAAUUGGAAAAAAUCUCAAAAUUUUUAAAAAAAUCGCAAAAAAAGUUUUUAUUUCCACUUGAAAAGGAUUGAAAUUUUAAUUUUUCAUCAUCCGAUAACACUUCUUUCCAAGUUACGGUCAAAAAUCAGUCAUUUCCUCGAAAAUUCCAGAAAAUCCGUCAUGAUGACACCUUUAGUGACGCAUUGUUUGGAAAAAUGCUAAUUGUCAUGUUUCUAUAGUCGCUUGAAGAGGCUGAUAAAAAAUUGUGUUUUAUUUUGGGCAAUUAAUUUCCAUGUUAUGUGAAAAGGAUGACGCAUUUUAUGGAAAUAAGCACAAAUUCCCAAGAAUUUUCAAAAAAUCUAAAUUUUUUUUUCAAUUCCACUUGAAAAGAGUUGAAAUUUUAAUUUUUCAUUAUUGGAUUACUGUAUUUUCAAAGUUACGGUCAAAAACCAGUCAUUUUUUUCAAAAAUUCCAGAAAAUCCGUCAUGAUGACACUUUUAAUGACGCAUUUUUAAGAAAAAUGAAAAUGACCGUGUUUCUAUAGUUGCUUGAAGAGGCUGCUAAAAAAUUAUGAUCCAUUUUGGACGAUUAUUUUUUGUGUUAUGGGAGAAGGAUGACGCAUUUUCUGGAAAUCGCCAACAAAUCGAAAAAAUAAUGAAAAUUUGAAAAAAUAAAAUUGAAACAGGCCUUUUUUGCACUGUGUUUUUUCCGUAUUUGACAGCUGUGUCCAAUUUUUUGCGAUAAAAAACCAAAAAAUCUCGUUUUUCAAAAAAAAAAAAAUUUUUUUCAUUUUCCAAUUUUUCGAUUCCCACGUCCAAGAACACCCUUCUCCUUUUGUCCUUGGCCUUCCCUUUCCAGUCGGCGUUGUUUCGAACCCGGAUUUAUUUCGUUUUCCCUUUAUAACGACAGCUUUCGAUGGGAGAAAAAACGAAGAUAAUCCGGUCCACAAAAAAAGCGGAGAGAAAGAAAAUGGGAGAAAUGAAGGGUGUCUGCGCAAUGAAACUUUAUAGUGUUUAUUGUCAGUGGAUUGCUUUGGAAGAGAUUAGGAGAACAAAUUUAUGGCCAAAUAUUUAUAUAUUUGAUAGAAAAAUUUUUUUUCAAAAUGCAAAAAAAUUUUUUUUUUGCAAAAUACGAUGAAACUUACACAAAUUAUAGAACACAAUUUUUUAAGCAAUAUCAGAAAAUUUUACAUCAUGAUUUGCAGUAAUCACCGAGAUUUUAAGCUUGAAAAUUCAAAAAAUCCCAAAAAAUUUUCUUUUCAGAAUUCGAUGAAACUUGUAGAAAAUUUAGAACACAGAUUUCUAUGUAAUUUCAUAAAAUUUUACGUCAUGAUUUGCAGUAAUCACCAAGAUUUUUAGCUCGAAAAUUCAAAAAAUCCCAAAUUUUUUUUUCGGAUUUUUAAAAAUUAUUAUUUUUUUCGAAGCAACGUUGAAAAAGAUUUAACCAAAAAAAAAAUUUUUUUCCUGAAAAUAUAAGCAUUUGCCCUCGAGCAAUUCACUUAUUUUUUCGACACAAAAUUUUUGAAUCAUUGAUAUUGCGAUUCCAGUCAAACCUGUGUAAAAUUCAAUUUUUCUGCUCAUUGAUGUUGCACAUGCAAACCAUAUCCGGAAGCACUGUUUAAAAGCAUCGCUCUACAGGAAAAAAAAGAAUUAGGAACAAUCGGCUUCCCACCGAAAUAAUCCCUUUUUAUUUACAUAUCUGCUGCAAGGGGAUUAAAAUUUACAAAGAUUUGUGAUUCCUAAUAAAUUAAAAUUUCAUCAUAUCUGAUGACAGUUUCAGAGAACGAGUUCGUAAAACGGGAGUUCAAUGAUUAUGUAGUUGAGCAGUUAAAAAAGCCUAUAUGGUGACGAUUUUGGAAUGACACAGUGAAAAAGUGAACCACAGAGAGCGAAAAGCUUCGCGACGAAAAUUCUACGCACUUUAUUCUAGUACACCAGACAAGUGCGUGUUCGGGAAUUUUGGGUCGGCGACAUUGGCGAAGUCAAAUCGAUGGAUAGAUGCAGGAGGAGACUCAGGGAUUGCCACGGCUCCGGAGCCGGCUCUUGGUUCCGGCUCUGAGCGGCUCCGAGCCGGGAGCCAGAGCCGGAGCCGGUAAUUUUGGGUGUGGCUCCGGCUCCCGAGCCCAAAGUCGGAGCCAGGCUUUUCAGCGUUCAGAAAACUAAAAAUUUCGUGAUCUUGUUUAACCAAAUUGCUUGAACAAUACUGGGGAGGAUGUGUUGCGUACGACUUGGCUGCAAAAACGUUGACUGUAUGAUCUCUGGCACACAUAAUUUUUAAUUUUGGAAACGUAUCUUAAACAAUCUAUUGCAUAGGAGCCGGGAUUCGGAGCCGGAGAACUUUUUAUGGCUGGAGGUGCCUACCAGGCAUAGCAAACCCUUUGGAUGCUGGGCGAUUGCUCGGAGGAGCCUUGGCGACGACUUAUGUACAAUGCGACUAUUUUUUUCUCGCUUUGGUUAUUUCCAACCUUAGUUUCCUUGACCUUGGGCUAUUGUGAGCUUCUCGGACAUUUCUGCAAAGCGCAAAGGAGGGAACUAGGAAAAAUAGAAUCUCACUUAUGUUUGAGGAAAUUAUAGUCUAAAUUUGAGCUAGCUCCCAUGCAUUUCCGUUCGCUCCACGCCAACAGUUUCCCUAUUUUUGCGCAAAAUUUUUUUUUGAUGACUAAUCCCCUCAAAUUUUAUUUUUCUUCCAUUUUACUUCCAGCCUAAUCAAAAUAUCCGAACGCUUUCAAAUAACAAAAAAUAAACAGACUCCACUGUUUAUUAUGCAUCCUCAGCGAACACCAUUCACCUAUUUUUACGAUGAAUAAACGGCUGAUUUUAACAAUUUUUCUCGUUUCUUUGAGUGGAUUAUUCUGUAGAACGACAAAGAAGCCGGAUUAUGGGGCGCCGGAUGGCCCGCAGGAUAAGCGGUGUCCGAAAAAUCAAUAUUUCCAUGAAUGCACGACUGACUGCCCACCGAAAGGAUGCGAUAAUAUUUUGCAGGUGGGAAAAAAUUGAUUUUGGAAUUUUAUUGAAAUUUGAGAUUUUUUGGAGCUUUGAAAAAGUUGCUGUUUUUUUGAUAGUUGGCAAAUUUUUUGACGACAAUUUUCGAAGAUGUAUGCCAGAAUUUUAGCAAACAAUUCGCAAAAAUGGCUCAGUAUUUUGAAUAUGAUUAAUGGUAGGACUGUUUUACUGGCGCACAAAAUUUUCUUUUCACCCAGAAUAUUGGUCUUCGCUGGGCCUAGAACCUUGAAAUUUGGUGUGAAAACUUUAUGGGACACCCUGACAACAUAGCCAGAAAACCAUUAUAUUUGAAGCAUUUUUCAUGUACUUUCUUGGCAAGAAUACAAAAAUGGGUUGACAAAGCGUACUGGUUUCUACGAAAAAUCAAAUUUUUCCUGAUCAAAAAUAAAAAGUUAUACCCGAAAACUUUUUGUUGUUAAGACUCUCCUCAUUCUACGUCCUCUCUCUCUCAAAAAAAAGAAAAUUUUGAAUAUAAUAUCUUGCCGGUAAAUCGCCGUUUUUCCGACUCUCAUCAUUCCUCGUGCUCUCUCGCAAGAAGAGCGCAGUUUGUUAUAUAUAUUCAGAUUAUAGUAAUCUUUGACAUUAGCCUCUGAUGGCAUUUCCAAAUCCUUCUCUAUAACUCCUAUCAUAAUGCUUUCAUCAUAAUCCGUUUAGGUCUCCCCCUGUGUUUCGUUGCAUUGCGGUGAGCCGAAAUGUGAAUGUAAACACGGAUUUGUGUUGCUCUCCUCCAAGAACCCCAAAGGCGAGUGUGUGCGCCGAGAAACGUGUCUUCAGCUGCAGCGGAAAGCAAACGAGGACAAGAAGAAGGCCAAAACUAACCAGUAA